UCUACCCGAAUAACUGACAAAUUUAAGCCAUGGCAAAACUAGGCAUAGCUCCUCUGAUGGUUGUCAUCUCUCUAAUUGCGACUAUUCCAUUUCCACGGACUACCCAAAGCUUUGGGGUAGAGAAUUGGGCCAACAAGCUUGAUGCCGCCAAGGAGACAGUCACCGACAUUCAAUUUUAUUUCCAUGACACAGUCAGUGGCAAAAGCCCAAGUGCCAUCAGGGUUGCACAAGCUACUAAUACUGAGAAAUCUCCAACCCUUUUUGGUGCUUUGCUUAUGGCGGAUGACCCACUGACUGAAACACCCGACCCGAAAUCCAAGCUUCUGGGUCGAGCUCAAGGACUAUAUGGGUCGGCUUGUCAGGAAGAGCUUGGAUUGAUUAUGGUGAUGAACUUCGGAUUCACAGAAGGUGUAUACAAUGGUAGCUCAAUUAGCAUUCUCGGUAAGAACUCGGCUUUGAAUCCUGUCCGUGAGAUGCCGAUUGUUGGUGGUACCGGGCUUUUCCGAUUUACACGUGGUUAUGCAGUUGCGCAGACUCAUUGGUUUGACAUUGCCACCGGGGAUGCGAUUGUAGGACAUAAUGUCACUGUGGUUCAUUAAGUAAAGCUUAUAUUAGUUUACAUAGCUUUUUUUAUGCACUGAUUCCAUCAUAUAUAUAUAUAUAUAUAUAUAUUAUGAAAUGUUAUGGCUAAACUAUGCCUAGUGGAAUUUCAAGUUUGCCUCUAUUCCAUGUUUAUUUGAGCUGGUCGCCUAGGUUCAUCAGCCUCACAA